AGCAGGGCGAGCUGGAGGCCUCUGGGGCCGCUCCUCCACCCGCCCUGGAGAGGAGCUUCGGAGACCGACUACACCCUGCCCCCUCUGCACACGCACCCCAGCCCCCAGGACGGAUGGCCGCUGGCCUCUGCUGAGGCUCCUCCCACCUGUCAGUCAUAGCUCUUCGGAGCCGGGAGGGAUCAGCGCCCGUUCCAGUUACAGAAGCGGAGACGCAGGCCCAGGGACGGCAAGGGGCUGGUCCGGGCCACGCAGCGCCAGGGCCAGAGAGGGGAAGGGGCUUAGUGGAUGUGAGAAAAUGAAAACUGUCCCCUCGAGAUCUGGACGCCCCAGGCGUCCCCACCCCGCCGUCCAGCGGCGGGUGAGGAGAUCGAGAUCCGGCUGGGAGGGUUGCCGGGGCCGGGCGGGGUGGGCCCGUGCGGACGGCGCCCACACGUCUCCCCUGAUCGCUCGCCGUGCGCGUGUCCGUCCAGAGUGUAACUGCAACCAGAUCGGCUCCGUGCACGACCGGUGCAACGAGACCGGCUUCUGCGAGUGCCGCGAGGGCGCGGCGGGGCCCAAGUGCGACGACUGCCUCCCCACGCACUACUGGCGCCAGGGCUGCUACCCCAACGUGUGCGACGACGACCAGCUGCUGUGCCAGAACGGCGGCACCUGCGUGCAGAACCAGCGCUGCGCCUGCCCGCGCGGCUACACCGGCGUGCGCUGCGAGCAGCCCCGCUGCGACCCCGCGGCCGCCGACGGCGGCCUGGACUGCGACCGCGCGCCCGGGGCCGCCCCGUGCCCCACCACGCUGCUCGGCUGCCUGCUGCUGCUGCGGCUGGCCACCUGCCUGGACUGCUGA